AUGGGUUUACAGAAUCUUAUUUUAAACUCAGUCACUGGUGCUGCUAAAGCUGAAGUAAUUUUUUACUUCAAAGGUGCUUCUAACACCUCAUCAAUUGGUGUAUUACAAUGGCUUCAAAAUAGAUACUCAAUUGUAACCGGUAACAUGGUCAUAAGAGAAUUUAAAAGGAUCUUUGAUAUGAAGACUAAGACUUUAACCGAAAAAAGAGCACGAGCUGCAGACUUAGGUACUGCACUAAUUCCAUCUGGCAUUGACGAAACAUCUGCAGAACUAAGGAAGGAUAGAACAGCUGCUUUUCUCUUAUUAGUUACCUCUCCAUCCAUUGAAGAUAAGUGUAUUGACACUAUCAGGAACAGUGCUGAGAUUGGUUCUACCGCUGUCAUCAAUUUUUUGGAAAAUCAAAACUUAUUCAAGCCUUCCACUGUGACUUCACACACAGAUAUGGCUUUAUUUGCAAAGAAUUCCAAUAAGAAAUCAAAGAAACAGAUUUGCUCAAUCUGCCAAGGAAAUCAUUUUUUCUCCGAAUGUAAGGAACUAAAUGCUAAAGUUCCUAACGCUCAUAUCUUUCAAAAAUACGGUGAUCCGAAACAGUCCAACUCAACUAAUCCAUCUAACUCUUCUGAUCCUACUAGAACCUUUCCGAAAAAGGCAAAAUAUGGUUGGUUAACUAUUGCAAGUCUUGAAGGUGAUGAGGCCUAUCUGCAUGUCAAGUACCGGAUUUGCCAUUGA